AGAAGCUAAUAAGUGAUAAACUCCGGGACAGAAAAUGGCGACGGCGGGGAGCCGGACCUCGUCGUCGGAAAUAUCUAACUCAAACAACGGCACAAACGUUGGAAGCGGUCCUCAGGGAAAUUCAAGUGACCCUGGUCUUCCAAGCAGUCCCGGUAAGGCGAAGAGUAAUACCGGGGAAAACUCACAAUGGAGACGUAAAGAGCUGCGGAAAGUCAGAAGUGUGGAUCUGGAUAAACCUGAGUCGCUGUUCCUAUCUCCCGAGACUGGGACGGCUCCGAUAUCAGCGCAGCUGCACUUCUUGUCUAUUUCCUCGCCUGGUGCUGUUCAGGCUACUUUAUUACAGCAAGCUCACCACAUUCAGCAGAGCAAUUCACUCACCGAUCAUCCAAUUUCAGAUAAAAGUAAUACUCUUUCUUCAGCUGCUCAGGAAUUGUUGAAAACUUCUUUAAAACACUACAGCGACCCUCUCAGUCCUGAUAAUGGUGCUACCGGAACUUCAAUGGAAGUGAGCGCUUCACAAAAUAGUCGUGACAUGGAGAGCAAGGACACCCUGCGGGGGCUGCAGAAGAUGGAGGACCGGCCGGAGGAACGCAUGAUCAGAGAGAAGCUCAAAGCCACCUGCAUGCCCACCUGGAGGCACGAGUGGUUGGAGAGACGCAGUAGGAGGGGCCCAGUGGUGGUGAAGCCCAUUCCUCUGCGACCAGACGGGAGUGAGGCUGGCCGUCAGGGAGCGGAGGCUGGAAGCGGUUCACAAACAAGCUCCUCCUCCCAGAGCAGGGGCCGCCGCAGUCCCUCCCCCGGCCCCUCCUUGUCCUCCUCCUCUUCCUCUUCCUACAGCAAGACCUGUGGGAAGCCUGAGUCGCCCGGGGUGCGCAGGAAGAGAGUGUCCCCUGUGCCAUUUCAGAGUGGAAGAGUCACCCCUCCCAGGAGAGCUCCCUCCCCAGAUGGCUUCUCCCCCUACAGCCCAGAGGAGACCAGUCGCAGAGUAAACAAGGUCAUGAGGGCCCGCCUCUACCUUCUACAGCAAAUAGGACCCAACUCCUUCCUGAUAGGAGGAGACAGCCCUGACAACAAAUACCGGGUCUUCAUUGGGCCACAGACAUGCAGCUGUGGCCGGGGGGCUUUCUGCAUCCACGUCCUCUUUGUCAUGCUCAGGGUCUUUCAACUGGAGCCCUCAGACCCACUGCUCUGGAGGAAAACUCUGAAAAACUUUGAGGUCGAGAGCUUGUUCCAAAAAUACCACAAUCGACGCAGCUCACGCAUCAAGGCUCCCUCCCGCAACACCAUCCAGAAGUUUGUGUCACGCAUGUCCAACUCCCACACCACCUGUACUUCCAGCACCUCCACCUCUAGCAACGAGAACAGUCUGAAGGAUGAGGAGGAGCAGAUGUGUCCGAUCUGUCUGCUUGACAUGCUGGAUGAGGAGAGUCUGACCGUGUGCGAGGAGGGCUGCCGGAACAAGUUGCACCACCACUGCAUGUCUAUUUGGGCAGAGGAAUGCAGGCGUAACCAUGAGACUCUCAUCUGCCCACUCUGCAGAGCCAAGUGGAAGUCCCAUGAUUUCUACAGCCACGACCCUUCCUCCAUCUCCAUGGAGACGUCAUCUGGGCAUGUGCAGUCAUCAGGGUCCACGUCAUCAUCAACGCCUCACAGCGAGAGCUCCAGAGCGUUGUCCCAGGAGGCGGACUUUGCGCUUCCUCAAUAUGGUGUCCAGCAGAUCCCUCAAACCUACAAAGAGCUGGCUGAGCCCUGGAUCAAGGUGUUUGGCAUUGAGCUGGUGGGCUGCCUCUUCUCCAGAAACUGGAACAUCCGGGAGAUGGCGCUGCGUCGGCUCUCCCACGACGUCAGCGGCGCCCUCCUCCUAGCCAAUGGCGAGCGCUCCUGCCCGGGGGCGGGAGCGGGGUCGGGGGCGGCGAUGGCCGCGUCUGGAGGCGGGGCGAGCUGCGGUGAGGUGUCGGGAGACGUGGUGGUGGAGUCGUGCUGCAGCGUGCUCUCCAUGGUGUGUGCCGACCCCGUCUACAGAGUCUACGUGGCCGCACUGAAAACGUUGCGGGCCAUGCUGGUGUACACGCCUUGCCACUCUGUGUCGGAGCGCUCGCGGCUGCAGCAGUUGCUUCGACCUGUAGUGGAGACCAUCCUGGUCAAGUGUGCCGAUGCCAACAGUCGUACCAGCCAGCUGUCUGUGUCCACCCUGCUGGAGCUGUGUAAGGGCCAGGUGGGAGAGCUGGCUGUGGGAAGAGAGAUCCUCAAAGCGGGGUCUAUUGGCAUUGAAGGUGUGGACUACGUCCUCAACUGCAUCCUGGGGCCCCAAACCGAAGCCAACAACUGGCAGGCCUUGCUGGGCCGCCUGUGCCUGAUCGACCGGCUCCUGCUAGAGUUCCCUGGCGACUUCUACCCUCACAUCGUCUCUUCUGGAGGAGGAGGUGACUACCACCAGUCCCAGACCCUGGUGGAGAGGUACCAGAAGCUUCUGCCUCUGCUCAGCUUUGCCCUUCAGUCCAUAGACAACUCCCACUCCAUGGUGGGCAAGCUGUCCCGCCGGGUCUUCCUCAGCGCUGCUCGCAUGGUGGCCCGCGUGCCGCACAUCUUUGUCAAGCUCCUGGACAUGCUCAGCGUCACCAGCUCCACCCACUAUGCCCGCAUGCGCCGCCGCCUCCUGGCCAUUGCUGAGGAAAUGGACAUCCUGGACGCCAUUAACCUGGGCCUGGAGAGCAGCAUGGCUAAUGGGGCCGAGGCGCAGGAACAGACUUCUGCUGCCUUUUUGGAACCCACAGUGCCACAGAACUCGCCCAGCGCCACCGAGAGCAACACGCCCACUCACACGGUCCAGCUAACGUCUGUCAAGGCCCACGGUGGGAGGGCAGGAGCGAGCCCAGAGGAUGUAACUGAGCGGCUGGCAGCAAUAUCCUUGACGGGGCAUCCAAAUAUGGGUGCAGUCCCAGCCGAGCACCCAAAGCCCCCUGUUCAGGCCCGCAACAGGCCUCUCAGCCAGUGCCUGCACUCCCCUUCAUCUUCCUCCCCGCCCUGCAAUCAGACACCCACCCUCCCUUCGCCUUCAGCUUCCCAUCCUCCCACCUGCUUCCCUGGCCCGGACUCCAGCCCCAAGGCCCGGCCUCAGAGCUUCAUCCCUAGCAAACUAGCUUCCCCCUCUAGCACCUCUUGCUCCUCUUCCCCAGGCGCCCAGCGCCGGUUUCCCCCACAGAAGAGCUUAGUCAAGGACCCAGAUAAGCAGCUUCCCUCCCCUGUCUUCACCCAGGCACGGCCUCUCCCCUCCAGCCAGAUCCAUAGACCAAAGCCCUCCCGACCCACCCCCAACCCUGCUGCCUGCACCUCCUCUGAGUGUGCUACGGGAAUCUGUGCCCCUCCCACCCCCACUGCCUCCAAGCAAAGCUUAAAGCUGGACCUCCAUGGGGGGGCAGAGACCAUGGGGGUUGCCACCACCCUCAUUCCUAGCGAGGACACCUGCUUCACCCCCGUAGAGGAGAAGUUCCGCUUCCUGGAUGCCUCAGCUGAGCUCAACUCCUCCAUGGAGGACCUCCUGGAAGCUUCCAUGCCCACCAUUGGCGACACUACAGUUACCUUCCAGUCGGAGGUUGCUGUCUUGUCACCGGAGCGGGUCGGCAGGCCAGGUGAGGGCACGUACAGCGAGGACGUGACGCAGCACCAGAAGUGCAAGGAGAAGAUGGAGGCAGAAGAGGAGGAGGCGCUGGCGGUGGUAAUGGCCAUGUCAGAGUCGCAGGAUGCGCUGCCCGUCGUCCCCCAGCUUCAGGUGGAUAAAAAUGAAGACGUCAUUAUCAUCCAGGUGGAUACCCCAGAGACCCUUCCUGGCCACACCAAAGCAAAGCAGCCAUACAGGGAGGGGGCAGAGUGGCUGAAGGGUCAGCAGAUCGGCCUUGGGGCCUUCUCCUCCUGCUACCAGGCUCAGGACGUGGGCACCGGCACCCUGAUGGCGGUCAAACAGGUGACGUAUGUGCGCAACACCUCCUCAGAGCAGGAGGAGGUGGUAGAGGCCCUGAGAGAGGAGAUCCGGAUGAUGGCCCACCUUAACCACCCCAACAUCAUUCGCAUGCUAGGGGCCACCUGCGAGAAGAACAAUUACAACCUUUUUGUGGAGUGGAUGGCAGGCGGCAGUGUGUCUCACCUGCUGAACAAAUAUGGAGCCUUCAAGGAGGCUGUGAUCAUCAACUACACAGAGCAGCUGCUGCGUGGCCUGGCCUACCUCCACGAGAACCAGAUCAUUCACAGAGACAUUAAAGGUGCCAACCUGCUCAUUGACAGCACAGGGCACAGGCUGCGCAUUGCUGACUUUGGGGCAGCUGCUAGGCUGGCAUUCAAAGGCACGGGUGCAGGCGAGUUCCAGGGCCAGCUCUUGGGAACCAUUGCCUUCAUGGCCCCUGAGGUGUUGAGGGGCCAGCAGUAUGGGCGUAGCUGUGACGUGUGGAGCGUGGGAUGUGCCAUCAUUGAAAUGUCCUGCGCAAAGCCCCCCUGGAAUGCUGAGAAACAUUCAAACCACCUGGCAUUGAUCUUCAAGAUUGCAAGUGCCACAACAGCUCCCUCCAUCCCCCCUCAGCUGACCCCGGGCCUGAGGGAUGUCACCCUGCGCUGCUUGGAGCUGCAGCCCACAGACAGGCCCCCCUCCAGGGAACUUCUCAAACACCCUGUGUUUCGCCUCAACUGGUAGCCCCCUCCCCACAACGUCCGCACGGAAAUACUACUGAAGACCCUGCCAGCCUGCCCGCCUUACUGCUACCGACCAGUCACCCUCACUGACCACCCCUCCCCCCAUGGUGUCAAACUGCUGUACCUUAGCACAAAAUGCAAAAACAUCAAAUUGCAGAAGUUCCACUACAAAAACGGUGCCUUCUUUGGAGUGCCAUGUUGGGAUACUGUUAUUUGGUUAUUGCUUUUUUUUAUUGAAGCCCUGUUUCAAUUAGAAAAUGGUUCCUGUUGCACUUAGGCAGCCAUUUUUUCACUGUCAUAAAGAUUUUGAGAAGUUCUGUUAAUUUGAAGUAAAACAUAGAAGUCCUUAAAACAGGAGAAACUUUGUUUUUAGUCCUUGUUAUGUUUUAAAGUUUUGCCCUAAAUUUCAGAUUUUUGUCUUCGAACCUACGUAUGUGUUAAAGGAAAGUGGAAUCAAAUGUGCUUGUAAUUGUAACAUUUAAAUUUUUGGGGGGUGCAUUCUGUGUUUCUACACAGAUGCCUUUUGAAGAUGUGCAUUUUACUGUUGGGCCAUAAAGCUUAUUUGAAUAAUCAUUAAAAUGUUGUCAUUAAGUGUAUCAGGGAACGAUGAUAUAUCUAAUUGAAACUUUGCUAGUUUGGCUAGCAUAAUGCUGAAUGUGAAUGCUAAUGAUGGCGGUAUUUGUCUCUCAAUAGUUUUGUUUUUCCUUUUUUAUCUAAAAAAUCCCACUUUAUGAAGUUCUGAUUAUAUAAAGUUUGUUUCUCAUCUUAUUGGGUGUAAUUGUGUUUCAAAGCUAUCCCCAGUUUAAGAUGUUUGCUGAGUAUUGGCGUUUCCUAACUUUGUUAAUGUCAUGCCCUGCCGUUAUCCUGGCCUCUUAACCCUCACUGUUACGUUGAGCCAUGUCACCAAUGAGCCCUCAAAAUUAAGCUAUGUCCUUUCAUUCAAAAAUGUUAAGUUCAUUACUGAUCUACCAUUGUUUUGGUGCUGUUCCUUAUAGAAUGUUAUGCUCCAAUUUAACUUUUGAUGUGAUCAUAAUUUUUUCAUAUACAGUAUGUUAUAAGAAUGUGUGUUCAUCUGAGGUUUUCUAAAACUCUUUUCUAUUAUGGAUUUUCCAACAUGGAUUUUCUAUAUGAUACUGAUAACUACUGUACAGCAUUUCAGGUGGAGGGAUGAUUCUGAAAUCAUAGCUUUCUGCUUGUAAAUUUUUAAACAUCUCUUCUUUUUUUUUUUUUUAUUAGAAUUAUACAAGCAUGUUCCGAAAUCGUUUUGCUUGUCUAAACUGUAACUCUUCAAGUGUUGCCAUUCUGAUUGUAAUCAGUUAAGAAAGUUAAAGGAUGAUAAUCAUGAUUCAAAUCCAAAUUUAACCUUAUAAAAUGGGAAAUGCUACUUAUUUGGAAUUUCUUGAGAAAAUAAUCAUGCAAUGCUUUUGGCCAUUUUUAAAUACUUACUUAGAAAAUUUCUUUAUUUAAUUAAAAUCCUAUUUCUUUAUGUGGAGUACAAGCUGGUUGAGCUUGAAGAGUUAAAUGUAAAUAAAUGUGAAGUUUGGUAGCUACAUUUAUUGUACUUGACUGUCUUUUUAUACUACAAUAUUUUCCAUAAAAUACAUUUUGUUUUGUUCCUGCUUCGGGUUAUUUUUCUUAUCUUACUUCUAAAUGUAUUUUUAAAAGCUUUAAGAUUAUGCACUCUUGUCUUUUUAUAUACUGGAAGAUAAAUCAGAUUCUGUUAUUCAUAAAUGCAAAUCAGUAUUACUUCAAUUUGUCAUGUUGAAAAUUCUUACCAAUCUCAAUGCCUUCUGAAUCAUACAGUUGUCCACCUGUGUCUCAUCCAGCUUGCUGGUUUUCAUGUAUUUUAUUUUCUUAUUUUAUGCUGAUGUGAUCUUAUGUCCUUUUUGGAUCUGAGCUGGACUGAAUUGUUGUAUGAAAUUGUAUGCAGUUUCAUGUGUCACUUGGUGGUACUUUUUUUGUAAAACACAUCUAUUGCUGUUUUAUUCCAGUCUCUACUACCUCAGGUGUCCUAUAGUCUCUUUUACCAAAGUUCACUUUCUCAAUAUAUAUAAAUAUAUAUUCUUUUUUGACUAUU